GAAGCGACAAUGGAGUGGCGCGGCGGGCUUGCUUCUUCCAUCGGUGAAGGGCUAACGGUUUCCGGUCGUGGUAGCCCCGCCCCCGAUGGUGGGAGAAAAGAGGCGCCGCCGCGUCCCUGAACCCCCAACCUGUACACCAAGAUGAUGGGCUUCGGGACGUCCGCGUUAGACUCCAUUGGGAGCGAAGAGGCUCUGGAGGCCCCGGUGCCACCCCCGGAGCCGCGAGCCCCGGAACCCCGAGCCCCAGAGCCCGAGCCGGGCUUGGACUUGAGCCUGAGCCCGAGCCCGCUGCCCGAGAGUCCGAGGCAGCGGAAGGGGCGGCGGGGCGGUAGCCGGAGGAGAGGGCGGCAGGUCCGUUUUCACCUGGCGCCGCCCUCCCCGGUCCCGACCGAGGCGCUGCCUGCUGCGGCCGGUGCCCCGGGCGGCGACGGUCAUGAGUUGGAGGUACCCGCCCUGCAGAGCAGCCUGGCUUUGAGUCUGGAGCUGCAGAGCGCGCGCGCCGCUGUCGCCGGCGGCCGGUUCGAUGCGUCGAAGGCGGUGGAGGAGCAGCUGAGAAAGUCGUUCCAGACCCGCUGUGUCCUGGAGGAGACCGUGGCGGAGGGGUUGAACGUGCCGCGCUCCAAGCGGCUCUACCGAGACCUGGUGAGUCUGCAGGUGCCGGAGGAGCAGGUUCUGAACGCGGCGCUGAGGGAGAAGCUGGCGUUGCUGACAGCGCAGCCCCGACCCCCGCCCCCGAAGGAGGUGCUCAGGCCGGGGCCAGACAUGACCAAGCUGUGCAACCCCGAUUCUCUGUGGUACGAAUCUCCGCACUUGACAGUGGAUGGGCUGCCCCCGCUAAGGCUUCAAGCCCGGCCCCGCCCUGCAGAAGAUACCUUUCUCAUGCAUCGGAUGCUGAGGCGCUGGGAAGCGUAGCCCCCAAAACUCCAGAAUUGGUCUUCAAAGAAUAAAAUGUUUUUUUUCCCCCCUAAAUUACCGAACUGUUAUUGGGAGCAUAGAUAGGAUUAAACUGCUUCAGGGUCUUAGGUCCUGGUUGGAAGGCCCCUCGGGCCCCCCGCUUUCCCCCCAUGGCAAGUGGAAAGCACUGUCCCAAGCAUGGGGUCAGCCUUCCUCUCCAUUUAAAUCACCACCUUUAGUUGUAAUUAGAACUUGAGCCUGACACCGAGGCUCCAAGAAUGUCCCAGCACUUAGGAGGCUGAGGCAGAAGGAUUCUAUAUCCAAGGACAGUCUGAGCUACACAAAUUAUUUUGAUACAGUUUUAGGCAGGGUAGGUUCAGAUCAGUGGUAGUAUCUGGAGAAGCAUGUACAAAGCCCCUGGGUUCAAUCCCCAGAGUUGAGUGUGCAAGUGUAUAGACAAGCAGUAGUCAGUGCUUUAAAUUCCACUUUAGCUGGGGGUAAUGAACACCCAGGCGUUCCAGGCCAACCUAAGUUAGUUGAUAGCUCUCAAAACACUGCACACACACACUGCCCUAUUUGUACAAACUGUAUUUGUCUCUCUACAUAUCUCUGGUUGUCUUGGAACUCAUUUAGUCCAGCUGGUCUUAAACUCAAGAGACUUGCCUGCCUCUGCUCCCCAAGUGCUGGGACUAAGGGCACGCACCUGGCUAUUAAAUACUUCUGAGCAAAAAGUACUUACCCAAAUGUGGGUUUUAACAUUUAAUGAUGGCUUCAAAGGAGACUUUGCUGGCUUCCUUUUAUCUGAGUGUUGCCUAUCUUGUCUGGGACUAACAGGAGAGUGCUCAGUGUUUGUUCAAAGUUCCAGCUGCUCUUGACAAACUAAUCAAGACCUUCACUUUGCAAACCACCCAAGCAUCUCAUUCCACCAAGGGUACUGUAGCAGGUUUGUGGCUCUGGGCUAUUAACCAUUUCUGGUUCCAUUUUACCUCCACUGCCAAACCUGCCUCAAACUUCCAUACACACUCACCUGGAGCUUGUUUUGAGGAAGGUAAUGUGGUCCCACUGCUGUCUUAAGCAUUUGUGUAGGGGUACUGUACUGUCUAGUCUCUGCCAACCUUGGUGCAAGCUAGUCAUCAGUAAAGAGGAGCCUCAACUGAGAAAAUGCUCCAUAAGAUGAGGCAGUAGGCAAGCCUACAGAACAUUUUAAUUAGCAGUUGACCAGGAGAGGGCCUGGCUCAUUGUGGAUGGGGCCAUCCCCAAGCUGGUGGUCCUGGGGUCUAAAUAACGGCUGAGUAAGCCACAGAAGCAAUUCAGUAAGCACCUCUUGAUGGCUUUGACAUCAACUCCUGCCUUCUGGUCCUUGCCUUCCCCUGAGAUGUGGAAGCAUAAGCUGAGAAUAAACCUCUUCC